AUAUUUGCUGACACUAUUGGAGGAACAAUGCGUUUCAGUUCAAAUGUAAAGCCGUUUGUUCUCCUUCUCAUUGUUGGAAUCUUCUUGCUUCUGGGGUAUGUUCACUACAGCUUCUUCAAUGAAAGGCUCAAUGGAGAUAUCCCAGUUGAUGAGGACCAGAGGAACACCAGGCUAUUGUACAAGCAGCCCAGUGUCUUGGUGGGUCGUACUGAUGUGGUGGCAGUCACCCCAUGGUCAGCACCCAUCAUCUGGGAAGGAACCUUUGACCCUGACCUCAUCGACAUAAUCUACAAGUCCAUGAACCUCACCAUAGCAACCACAGUGUUUGCCGUUGGAAAAUACGUCCUCUUUCUCCGAGAUUUCCUGGAGACAGCAGAGAAGCACUUCAUGGUCGACUUCAACGUGCGCUACUAUGUUUUCACAGAUCGUCCCGACGAUGUUCCAUCAGUCAACAUGUCCCAGGGGAGACAUUUGAGUGUGAUCCAGGUCCCGGGUUCAAACCGCUGGCAGGAGAUAUCAGCCCGGAGGAUGGAGAUCAUCCAGACAGCCAUCGAACGUCAGAUCAGCAGGGAGGCCGACUACAUCUUCUGUCUGGACGUGGACAGCAAGUUCCACGCUCGCUGGGGGGCCGAGUCUCUGGGCAGGCUGGUUGCUGUGAUUCACCCAUGGUUUUACCAGGAGACCCGUGACCACUUCACAUACGAACGUCGUCCAGCCUCGACAGCCUACAUCCCCAUGGAUGAGGGAGACUACUACUAUGCCGGGGCCGGGUUCGGAGGAUUCGUGGAGGAUGUGUACACACUAACAAAGGUAUGUCGUAACCAGCUUGAAGAGGACGCGAGGAAUUCCAUCGAGGCUGCCUGGCAGGAGGAGAGUCACCUCAACAGGUACCUGCUUUACAACAAGCCCAGCAAGCUGUUGUCUCCAGAGUACCAGUGGGACGACAAGAAGACCAACACCAACGAGGUCAAAGUCAUUCGCUUCUCUACUGUCAUUAAAAACUAUGCUGAAAUUCGUCCCAAUGUAUAGGACUAGGAAUUGGAUAUUCGACCGGCAGAAGAAAAACUUAAUUGGU